AUGGGAGGAGGAGGAGGAGAAGCAGAAGAUUGGAGAAAAAUGGCGGAUACCCACAAAAUGAGUCCGGAGGAAGUGAAGAAAGUAGGGGUGGAGUCAUCCAAGAGACCACCUGGCCACAACCCAGGUGGCGUUCUACACCAGCGCCGUAAUUUGCCCUUCAGCACCACCACCAUGACCAUCGUCGGUUUCCUUAUGGCUGCCGGAAUCGGCUACUCCGUUCUCUAUGCCAAGAAAAAACCUGAAGCCACCGCACUGGAUGUUGCUAAAGUCACAGCCGGAGUUGCCGAUGCUUCCAAUACGCAUCCACGUGGUGGAAGUGGCAACACCGCCACACCACCGGAGGACACUAGUCCUCGCAAAUGA